AUGAGCGACUCCGACUCCGACGAAGACGCGCGCCCCGCCGCGGAGCGCAUCGCCGAGCUCGCCGAGGCCUACGCCGCCGAGACGUCGGCCGGCGACGCGCUGCUCGCCAAGGCGGCGCCGAGCGCCUUCCGGCCCGUCGGCGACUUCUUCUUCGCCAUCAUCUCCUGCAAGCGGCCGGCGAACGUCGUCGCCAUGGAGUCGAAGCUCGCCGGCUGCGACGUCACCUGGAUCGUCGGCGACGGCGACAAGGAGGCCUACGAGGCCUCCGGCGCGGCCAAGGUCGUCGUCGGCGGCGGCCUCUGCGCGUCGCGCAACAAGGCCCUGGACCUCGCGAAAGCGGCAAACAAGGUCUGCGUCCAGAUCAGCGACGACAUCAAGUCGCUGUCCUUCGUCUCGUCCAAGCACGACACGGCCGCCUGGGUGAAGCCCUCGAGCAUCCAGGACGCCAACGGCCGCGCGAAGCAGGCCACCAUCGCCGUCGCGUCCCUCAAGGCCUGCGCGGCCUACAUCGACGCCCAGUCGUUAGCCACCAACUCCAAGCUCGGCGGCACCUACCCCUGCGGCAACCCGGGCCAGGCCUGCGGCGGCCCCGUCGUCGCCGCGUCCCACUUCGUCGUCGGCGACUUCGUCGUCGUGCAGCCGUCGUCGCAGCUCCGCUGGGACGAGGCCAUGACGCUCAAGGAGGACUACGACUUCACGUGCCAGCACAUCUACGAGUUCGGCCGCGUCGCGCGCUGCAACCGGCUCCUCAUCCUCGCGGAGCACUACGUGAACGCCGGCGGCGCCGUCGCGAUCCGCAACUCGAAGCGCGAGGCGCAGAACAUCAAGCACCUCCGCGCCAAGUGGCCCGGCGUCUUCCUCGUGUCGCCCCGCGGGCCUUCCGAGGUGCGCCUCAUCUGGGCGAAGCGCGACGUCACGAUCGGCGGCGACCGCAUCUACGAGCCGGACCCGCGGAACCCGGGCCGCGCGAUCUACGACCAGGAGGAGGCGCGGCGCGCGCGCGAGAAGCGCCUCGCCAAGGAGGCGGGCAAGCCCGUCCACGUCGACCCGGCGCCGGAGCGGGUCAAGGUGCCGCGGCCGCGGAAGCAGAAGGUCGCCGCCGAGACGCCCGCGCCGCGGCCGGGCAAGCGCGCGCGCAAGCAGACGAACCACUUCGCCUUCUCCGCCGGCAAGUCCCAGUCCUACAAGCCCGAGACCUACUGA